UGAGAGGGAAGGAGCUGUCUGCUGUCAGACCCCAGUAGGUCCCAUCACACUUAACCAGGCAGCUUCCACCUUGUUACUGGGCGGAGUUAGGCCCCAAAGAGGGAGGAGGUUAGUUGAGGUGUAUGUGGGGGUGAAAGAAGGAGCAGGAGGAGGAGGUGAGGGCACAUUAGCUUUCUGCUCCGCUGUCAGGUAGCUGAAUCACUGGCAGACAUGGACAUGGCCGACUACAGCGAGGCUCUGGACCCAGCCUACACCACGCUGGAGUUUGAGAACAUGCAGGUGCUGCCCUUGGGCACAGACUCCUCACCUGCUGAAAGCACCAACAUGAGCACCAGCACACACCUGGCAGCAGGCAGCCUGUGUGCCAUCUGUGGGGACCGGGCCACGGGCAAACACUACGGGGCCUCCAGCUGUGACGGCUGCAAGGGCUUCUUCAGGCGCAGCGUCCGCAAGAACCACAUGUACUCCUGCAGGUUCAACAGACAGUGCAUAGUGGACAAAGACAAGCGGAACCAGUGCAGAUACUGCCGACUAAAGAAAUGCUUCAGAGCCGGCAUGAAGAAAGAAGCUGUGCAGAAUGAGAGAGACAGAAUCAGCACCAGAAGAUCCAGCUAUGAAGACAGCAGCUUACCGUCCAUCAACGCACUGAUCCAAGCAGACGUACUGUCCAGACAGAUCACCUCCCCCGCUCCUAUACUGAACGGCGACAUCAGGACCAAGAAGAUCGCCACCAUCACGGACGUGUGUGAGUCCAUGAAGCAGCAGCUUCUGGUUUUGGUGGAAUGGGCCAAGUACAUCCCAGCGUUCUGUGACCUGCCCCUCGACGACCAAGUGGCGCUGCUGCGAGCUCACGCUGGAGAACACCUUCUGCUCGGCGCUGCCAAACGAUCCAUGCUUUACAAAGACAUCCUCUUAUUAGGAAAUGACCACAUCAUUCCCAGAAACUGCCCGGAGCUGGAAGUGGGCCGAGUGGCGGUGAGGAUCCUGGAUGAACUGGUGCUUCCCUUCCAGGAGCUGCAAAUUGAUGACAAUGAGUACGCCUGCUUGAAAGCCAUCGUCUUCUUUGAUCCAGAUGCCAAAGGUCUCAGUGACCCUGGGAAGAUCAAGCGGAUGCGGUACCAGGUCCAAGUCAGCCUGGAGGACUACAUCAACGACAGGCAGUAUGACUCUCGAGGCCGCUUCGGGGAACUGCUCCUGCUCCUGCCCACUCUACAGAGCAUCACCUGGCAAAUGAUUGAACAGAUUCAGUUUGUCAAACUCUUCGGCAUGGCCAAGAUAGACAACCUGCUGCAGGAAAUGCUUCUUGGAGGUUCUGCCAACGACGCUCCACACGCGCCUCAUUCUUUGCAUCCUCACCUGGUUCAGGAGCAUCUGAGCAGCAACAUUAUAGUGACGACCAGCAUGCCCACAUCGAUCCACAAUGGACAAAUCUCAACUCCUGAAACCCCGAUCCCAUCGCCACCUACUGCAUCCAGCUCAGAACAUUAUAAACUAUCCCAGGGGGUCAUAGCUACCAUGCCCAAGCAGCCGCUCUCCAUCCCUCAGCCUGCAAUUACAAAGCAAGAGGCCAUCUAGCGACACCAGUGGUUUAUUGUUUGAGUUUUUAUAUGUAUGUUUUUACACAAUCUGCUAUGAAGCUGUUAACUUGACUGAAAUAAUAAAGUAGCUAAGUAUAUACAGUAGAAUGUAAUUACAUUUCUGUCUCUUGCAGAGUAUCUAAGUCUUCAGGGAUCUAGUUGUUCACACAUGCAGUUGUAGCUGAGUCACAGCUCAGUCAAUGCCAGACUAAACUCUAAGCAUAAAAAUGUUCAAAGCAUUUCUGCUGUUCUGUAGGGAAACAUAGAAGAGGUGCAUUGUUGUACAUAGUUUAUUAUUGGGUGGCGUGACUUCCCUCAUCGUGGCCUCAGUGUGUGCAGUAAGGCUCAUGUUAGACAUGGUGACGUCAUCAUGUCAGUAUUUAAUGAAUGUUACAACACACCUUACAUUAUGACGUGCUGCACAGUAUUUUAUUUUAUGUUUAUUAGUAAAUAAAUAUUUUCAGUCAUGCUAUAGGGAAAUUCCUUGAAUAAGCUUGUCUAUAAAUCCUUAUGGCUGUUGUUUCAAACAUGCUGACAAAUGCAUUUACAGUAGUGAAGUUUCAAAUUUGAAAAUAAGCACAGAAAAAUGUUGGACUAUGCAAAGAGCUCUGAGGUGCCACCAGUCACACUGAGGCAGACACGUUGAGGACAUUUCCCAAAUAUAUAUUGUGUUGCUUUUUGAAGAAAUGUAGAAAAAAAGAAGAGAUAUAUUUUGGUUAGUACUUUGUUUAGCUCAUUGAAAUAAUUGUGCCUUGUAACCUGUACUGCCUUACAAACAGGCAUUAUUCUGCCAUACAAUGUGAUGAAUUAAUAAAUGGUCUUUUUUUACA